AUGGGCAAGUCAUCAAAGGACAAGCGCGACAUCUACUACCGGCAGGGCAAGUCCGAGGGCUACCGCGCCCGCUCCGCCUACAAGCUGCUCCACCUCAACGAGCAGUACGGCUUCCUCGGCGGCGCCGCCUCGUACUCGCUCCACGGCACCUCGGAGCCCGUGUCGCCCACGCCGCAGCGCGUCGUCGACCUCUGCGCCGCACCCGGUUCGUGGUCCCAGGUGCUCUCCAACCGCCUCGCCGCCGUGCCCGACUCGCACCUCGUCUCGGUCGACUUGCAGGCCAUGGCGCCCCUCCCCGGCGUCACCCAGAUCAUCGGAGACAUCACCACCGCCUCGACCGCCGACGCCGUUUCGCGCGCCCUCGCCUCGUCCGGGUCAAGUUCCGCCUCAUCUGCCUCGCCCGCCAACGGCAAGUCCAAGGCCAAGGCCAAGGCGCAGCUCAUCGUGUGCGACGGCGCACCAGAUGUCACGGGCCUCCACGACCUCGACGAGUACCUCCAGUCGCAGCUCCUCCUCGCCGCCACACAGAUCACGCUGCGCCUGCUCGAGCGCGGCGGCACCUUUGUCGCAAAGAUCUUUACCCAGCUGCCCCAGGCGCGCGCCGGCUGGGCGCAGAAAAACGAGCUGCACGGCGCCCGCCCGGGCACCAGCGGCGCCUUUCUCGCCAGCCAGCUGCGCUGCUUCUUCGACCGCGUCGAAAUCGCAAAGCCCAGGAGCAGCCGUGUCGGCAGCGUAGAGCAUUUCGUCGUCUGCCAAGGCUUCCGGCCCCCCGCGGGCCUCCCCGCCUCCGUAUGCCCCGAGUCGCAGCGCGAUGCCGCUCGGGGUAAUGCUGCUCCCGCUGACGGCGACGACGGCGACGACGAUGAUGACGAUGCUGUCCGCGAGGGGCUCGUCGAGCUGGUCGAGAGACUCAAGGGUGAGAUGGCCGCCGUCCUCGGAUACAGCGGGCCAUCCGGCGCACAAGGAGGGACAGGCGCUGGCGCUGGUGCAGCCAACCCGAACCUCGUCAAGGUCGUCCCCUUUGUGGCCUGCGGCGAUCUCAGUGGCUUCGACCAGGUGGCCUAG